AUCAUCAAUAAUGCUACAUAACACUUGACAUCAUUUUUUUUUUUUCAUCUUCUUCAAACAAUUCUUGUCACCUUAAAAACACUCAAAAAUCAUACAAAUUUUCAGUUACAAAUCUUGAAUUUUUUUCCACUUUUACCAUUUCCCCAUUCUUGAUUUGCAAAAAAAGCUAUGAAAUUGUACAAACAGUCAAGUAGAAGAGAUGAGGAUUUACCCAAUUCUCAACCAUACUCACCAAAGACCUUGAAAUACCCAAGAGGAUCUCUUCCCAGAUCCAUCAAUUAUCUCCUCAAAGAACAAAGACUUCUGUUCAUUCUUGUUGGUAUUCUAAUUGGUUCAACUUUUUUCAUCAUUCAACCUAGUCUAUCUCAUCUUAGCACAUCUUCUGAACCACAUUCUUCAAUACCCAGAUCAUAUAAUGCUUUAAAUCAUGAAUCUUUAUCAAAAUUAGCUUCAUAUAAUGAUAAAGAUGUAAGCUUUAGGGUGAAUGGGGUUACUGGGAGGGUUCCAGUUGGGGUUGGGAGGAAAAGGAUGAGGAUUGUGGUGACUGGUGGUGCUGGAUUUGUGGGGAGUCAUUUAGUGGAUAAGUUGAUUAAGAGAGGUGAUGAUGUUAUUGUGAUUGAUAAUUUCUUUACGGGUAGGAAAGAAAAUGUGAAACAUCAUUUUGGGAAUCCAAGAUUUGAGCUUAUUAGGCAUGAUGUUGUUGAGCCUAUCUUGUUAGAAGUAGAUCAGAUUUACCAUUUGGCUUGUCCUGCUUCUCCAGUUCACUACAAGUAUAAUCCUGUCAAAACUAUUAAGACAAAUGUGAUGGGCACCCUUAACAUGUUGGGGCUUGCCAAGAGAAUUGGUGCUAAGUUCUUGCUUACCAGUACAAGUGAGGUUUAUGGUGAUCCGCUUGAGCAUCCUCAAAAGGAAACAUAUUGGGGUCAUGUGAAUCCAAUAGGUGUUAGGAGCUGCUAUGACGAGGGAAAACGGACUGCGGAAACCUUGACUAUGGAUUACCAUCGCGGUGCAAAUGUCGAGGUUCGUAUUGCUCGGAUUUUCAAUACAUACGGACCUCGUAUGUGUUUAGAUGAUGGACGUGUUGUCAGCAACUUUGUUGCGCAGGCCAUCCGCAAGCAACCAAUGACAGUAUAUGGGGAUGGAAAGCAAACUCGAAGUUUUCAAUUCGUCUCUGAUCUGGUUGAUGGAUUAGUGGCCCUCAUGGAUGGUGAGCACAUUGGCCCUUUCAACUUGGGAAAUCCAGGAGAAUUUACCAUGUUGGAGCUUGCUGGGGUGGUGAAAGAAGUGAUUGAUCCCAGUGCCACUAUUGAGUUCAAAGCCAAC